UUUUCCUAUUAUGGGAUGCGAGCCGUGCUGGUGUUGUACUUCAAGUACUUCCUUAGGUGGGAUGAAGACUUUGCCACCACCAUCUACCACACAUUUGUGGCUCUUUGCUACCUAACGCCCAUCCUGGGAGCUAUUGUGGCAGACUCAUGGCUCGGGAAGUUCAAGACGAUUGUCUACCUGUCCAUUGUUUAUGCAGUGGGACAGGUCGUCAUGGCUGUAAGUGCUAUCCAGGACAUCACAGAUGCUAACAAGGAUGGCACCCCUGACAACAUGACCUUACACGUAGCUUUGUCCAUGCUGGGUCUCUUCCUUAUUGCCUUGGGAACAGGAGGCAUCAAACCCUGUGUGGCUGCUUUUGGAGGGGACCAGUUUGAAGAUCAUCAGGAGAAACAGAGAAGCACCUUUUUCUCCAUCUUUUACCUGUCCAUUAAUGCUGGAAGUCUCAUCUCCACUCUGAUUACUCCCAUUCUCAGAGCUCAGACAUGUGGUAUUCACAUCCAGCAAGAGUGCUAUCCGCUGGCCUUCGGUGUCCCUGCUGCGCUCAUGGUGGUAGCUCUGAUUGUGUUCAUUGUUGGAAGUCCCAUGUACAAUAGGAACCCCCCGCAGGGCAACAUCAUUGUGAAAGUUUGCAAGUGCAUCGGGUUUGCCGUCAAAAACCGUUUCAGGCAUCGUUCUUCUCAGUAUCCUAAGAGAGAACACUGGAUGGACUGGGCUGAGGAGAAAUAUAAUAAACUCCUGAUUGCUCAGGUGAAGAUGGCAUUGAAGGUGCUGUUCCUCUACAUCCCUCUGCCUAUGUUCUGGGCUCUCUUUGACCAGCAGGGUUCAAGAUGGACCUUCCAGGCGACCACAAUGAACGGCAACUUUGGAGCGAUUACAAUCCAGCCUGAUCAGAUGCAGACUGUCAAUCCUAUCUUGAUCCUGAUUCUGGUGCCAGUCAUGGACACUUUGAUCUACCCUCUGAUUUCCAAGUGCUUUAACUUCACUCCUUUAAGGAGGAUAACAGUGGGGAUGUUCCUAGCUGCUCUCGCGUUUGUGGCUGCUGCCCUGCUCCAGAUACAGAUUGAUGAAACCCUGCCUGACUUCCCAUCAAGUACUGAAAGCCAAGUGAAGUUCAUCAACAUGGUUAACAGAGAUCUACAGAUUGAAGCUGAUAACGAAACUAUUUCCUUGAAAGGUUUUGGGGCUAAUGAGGAUUAUCUGACCUUUCAUAACCAGUUUACACUGGUUCUGGAGUCUGGGCAACAAAAUACCGUCAAUUUGGCUAAUGGCACUCGGAAUACCAUUGCUAUCAUUCAGGGAUCCAAGCUUGGGUUUGAAAAGUUCGACGACAUAACUUCAAAGCCAGAAAAGGGUGAAAAUGCUAUAAGAGUUUUGAAUGGUUUUGGCUCAGUUUUGAAUGUAACCGUGCGUGACAAGGUGUUCAACUUUACCAGCAACAUGUCAGAAUAUCUCAGUGUUUCACAUGGAAAAGCUGAGUUCAUGAUCAAGGAUAAUAGAGAAAGCUGCGUCUACACUCAGGAGCUGGGCUUUGGCAGCUCUUAUACACUGAUCAUCCCAUCCACUUUCACAUUUGGAGAAAGGUGCUCAGAGAACAUCAAGGCAGUGAUGGACAUGAAGCCUAACUCUGUGCACAUGGCCUGGCAGAUCAUUCAGUAUUUCCUCAUGACUACAGGAGAGGUCGUCUUCUCUGUGACAGGCCUCGAGUUCUCCUACUCACAGGCACCCAGCAACAUGAAGUCUGUGCUGCAGGCUGGCUGGCUGUUAACCGUUGCCGUAGGUAACAUCAUUGUGCUUAUUGUUGCUGAGGCUGCAACGCUAGAAGAUCAGUGGGCCGAGUACAUUCUCUUUGCCUCCUUGCUGGUGUUGGUGUGUAUCACCUUUGCCAUCAUGGCCUAUUUUUACACCUACACUGACCCAACCAAGAUAGAGGCCCAGUUUGAUAAAAUGGAGCCUGAAGAGAAGGAGAAGAGGAAAAACUUCGACAUGCCCAGGAAAGGCUCAGCUGAGAGCCACAAAGAGGACAGGGGGAGUUCUGAUUCCAGCUCUGAUGACGAGUGCACCAAACAGACAAAGAUCUAAAGCAAC